AUGACGACAUCUGAUGCAAUCCGUAACAGUGCAACUGAACAGGACGGAGGAAACUAUGUGUACAUGGAAUCAUUGGAAAAAUUGCGAUUUCAUCUGAAAAAAGUGUCAAUUGAUGAAGGAGUUGAGGCGGAUGAUGAGCAAGAUUCCGAGGACGAACGUAAACUAAGAGAUAAGAGGAGAAAAACGAUGGGAGUUACCCUGGAACCCGAACACUAUCGGGUUUCAAGCUUGAAGACUAGAAAAAGAAAGUGCGAAAGUGCGAAUAAAAGUGAGUUACAUCAAUUUUUGAGAAAGAAGAAGCCUGAGAGACACCUGUUUCAGAAACCAGUUACCAAUUCUCUCGCUUGGUCGGAUUCCACACGACAAAAUCACAGAAAAAGAUUCAGGGAACGUUCCCCAGAAAUCCGCAUCAAGUUAUCUGGAAGAUCAGGAAAAGAGAGAUCAGAGUGAAAGCCGAGGACCGAUUCCUCUGUCAGAGCCAGAGAAUGGACGAAUCCGAAUGGUCUGAAGUGGAAACUAAGCCAAGGCGGAAGAAGAGAAAGCGUUGCUGUGGAAAGUGCUCACGGAAGUUCGACGUCUCUCGUCCGCAAGAGUUGGCCAAAUAAACUGUCUGCACAAUUAGUACCGUCUAGCUAAAAGUGAGUUGAAUGAAAGUGAGAUUCAUGGGGUUCCAAACGCUAUCUGACUCAAAUGUUUUCGCCACUGCGUAGCGAUUCGCAUGUUUGGCUGAUACGGAGUUUGAAAGAACCGCUGAAAAAAAUCUAGAAAUCGUUUGAUUCAAUGUUUUAUCAAUUCCAUCAUUUUGAACCUUUGUGAGAUUGUCACUCGAAAAUUAUUGAUGUGGUCACGGGAGAUUUGAGCAACAACAAUAUCAAAAAGAAUUUUUCUUUUCGCUCAUUUACAUUUCAAAUAAGUUAGAGAACUUGAGAAAAAAACAUGUUUCGUUUCAGAAAUCUUCACAAUCCAGUUGGCGUCUCUACCGGUUCAAACGUUGAUCUCGCCAGAAAAUUGA